CGCCGGCAGGAAGGUCAAGAGCAAUGCGGAUCUCUGCAAGGAUAUCCGAGAAUUUUUAUCGGCGGUGGGUCUACCGGAGGAUCAUGUCCCCUCAAUGAAGGAGUUUUCACAAUAUGGAAGGCAAGACCUUGCAAAUAUUGUCCGACGGAGAGGAUAUAAACUUAUUAGAGAACUUCUUGCAACCUCAACAGAGACAAAUGUCAAUGGGUCUGAUGCGGAAGAAGGCUUGGUGGAAAAAAAGGACACAGUUAGUGCUAGCUUGGAUGAAUUAGCAGGUCAGGAUGAGACAGUGAAAGAUUUUGGUGAAGUGUUUUCCUGGUCAAGAGAAGAUCUCAGCAUGAAAGACAAUAUAAGUACCAUGAAUAUUGAUAGGGAUCUCAUUUCUGAUGACCAAAGUUCCAUUUCCACAGAGUCUUCAGCUAAUUCAUCUUUGCAGGAAAAGGUAGCCAAAUUUAUCCAAAUUGGAGAAUUGGAUACAAUUGAGGGUAGUGGCUUUGACACGUUAAAUGAAAAUGGCAACAUAUUUAUUGAGUCACAAAAUGCCACAGAAGAAGUAUCAAGUUCCAACAGUGAAAAGCGCAGUGAUCUGGUGCUUGUUAGAACUGAUGCUGCUAAAAUAUUGGAUGGAACCAGUACAUUGUCAACCCAGCAGGUUGCCCAUCCAGUGUCUGAAAAUCAUACUCCAAGGAACAAUUGUGAUUGGACUGAAGAGCUAAUAAUUGCUGAUCACAAUGACGAUCUGGAUGCUGAGAAUAGAGAAGUGGAAAAUCAAGCUGAAAUUUAUCGUCUUAAGUUCAUGAUGCAUCAGAAGGAGUUGGAGUUGUCUCGGUUGAAGCAAGAGAUUGAAAAAGAAAAGCUUGCCUUGUCUGUUUUGCAAACAAAAGCAGAAACAGAGAUAAGCAAAGCGCAGAAACUAAUUUCGGAAAAAAAUGCAGAAUUACACAUUGCUGAAGAAGGCCUUUCUGGGCUGGAGGAGGUUGAAAUCGAAUACUGGGGGGAUGGUGAAACUGUGGAGGUGGCAGGUAGUUUCAAUGGCUGGCAUCAUCGGAUUAAAAUGGAUCCACAUCUGGCAGCAAGUAUCAUAGAACCUGUGGGGUCCAGACUUUGGAGGACUGUGUUGUGGCUAUAUCCUGGGAUUUAUGAGAUAAAAUUUAUUGUGGAUGGCCAUUGGAGGAUGAUGCGGCUCUUGCUAGGAAUUUUUGUUUUUGUAAACAUACCACUGAGUUGGUUGGGUUGGAGUCAAAGUUCUCAUUCAGAUAGACAACAAUGGCAAAUGAUUACCGGUCCAGUGCUGUGUAAUAGAAAAGAUCUAGCCGAAACAUGGAAAGGAUCAUGCUAUUGUCGAAUUCACACUGCCGUCUUGUACCACUGA